AUAUAUCUUUGUCUCUCUGUUUCUGUUACUCUCCUUCUCUCGCACGAUAAUCCGUCGCGCGUUUUAACCGGGAUAAAUCUAAUCGUGUGCUGCACAAUGUAAAAAGUACGAUGAUGAUGAUGACGAUGACGAUGACGAUGAUGAUGAUAAUAAUGUGCGUGUCGAGCAAAGGAGAAGAACAAUACAUAGAGAUCAAGUUUUUGUUUAUAUUUCUAUAUGAGAUCAAACAACGAAUAAUAAUCUCUUUUUUUAGAUGCGAGCCAGCAGUGCAUCGGGGGUGAUAAAUCGGGGCGCAAAGGCGCCGUCGCAUCUCCGUGCUUGUUUUUUUCUCAACGUGAUGUUACUAUUGCUCUACAAUAAUCCUUUGUGCUACUAUUACUACUAUUACUAUUACUACUACUAUUACACGUGAUCGAACAAUCGUGAGUGUUGGAUUUUCUCGUGGGGAAAAAACGUUAAUCUGACUGAUUUUUCUUCUGCGAAGAGGAAGAGGAAAAAUAGUGGUAGAGGGGUUAGAGGAGGGGAAGAAAAAGGGGAGGAGGAUAAAAGAGUAAAAAAAAGAAAAAAAGAUAAAAGAAAUAGAUAAUUAAGGAAGCAAAACAAAAUUAGAAGAAGAUAAUAAGAAAGAAGGGGGAAAAAAUGAGGGCCUCGUUGUUACUCCUGGGGGGCAUCAUCGUAGUUCUUUCGAUCGCGGUUGCAAGGGCACUGUCCUGUGUGUGUUCCCCACUCGAAUGUGACAUACUCACCGACGAGGAUUGCCCUGGAGGACUCACCUGGGAUCCCUGCAGAUGUUGCAAAGUAUGUGCGCGCGUUGAAGGUGAACCAUGCGGGGGUCUUUUCGGCUUUUCCGGGAGCUGUGCGGUCGGACUGCAGUGUAUAAUCAAAAAUCUACUACCUCACACACGGGAAGUGGACGAGGGCGUCUGUGCGA